GAUGGUGAAACCUUUCCUUACGCCUCUAAUUUGCUGUAAAUGUUUUGGAGUUUGAAUAAUUCCCUGUGUUCUGCUUUCUUAGCCAGGAAGCAAGCGGGGCAAACAAGUUCUAUCUACUGAUCCACACCGAUACAAAUCGACCUCGUGCAACAACGCAUUCAACAUUCCAAACCCUAAGAUAGUAUUUAAGCAGUGCAUUACUAUCUUGAAAUUAAUUUGCAGAGCAGUUAGAGGAGCCAUGGCUGGAUAUGGCAGAUCGGGGUUCAAUGCCAAGGAAUCGGCAGGCGAAAUUUUAAUGAUAGUGACGAACACUCCUGCAAAUGAUUUGGCUUUCACUAAUUGUGCGUAUUGCUCAUUAACUGAUUACAAAAGAUUUUAUGUUCAGCCUCUCCGCCAGGCCUUGGCAUCUGUGGGGAACUCCGUGGUUCUCACCUUGCAAUCUCAUGAAAGUAUCAAGGAUGGGGAAAUUGCACUAAAUGCUAUUCAGCGGCGGCAUGCAAGAGUUUCUACUCGCGACACUAUCUCAGUGUGUAGGUUUGUUCCACCAGAAAAAAAUUUCAAGCUGGUCUUGUUAACGGUUGAACUGGAGUUUGUCAAGGCCAGGGGCAAAAGUGAACAGCUUGAUGCCAUUAUUCUUGGUGAGCAGCUUCACAAAAGAUUUCGGAGUCAGGUUUUCACUGUGGGUCAGAGGGCUUCAUUUGAGUAUUGUGGAACAAAUUACAUUUUUACUGUGAAUAACGUUGCGGUGGAAGGCCUGGACGAUUCUGAAAAUGUAGAAAGGGGGAUUUUAUCAGAAGAAACAUAUUUUGUAUUUGAAGCACCUCCAAAUUCUGGGAUAAAGAUAAUUAAUCAACGUGAAGCUGCGAGCAGCAACCUUUUCAGACACAAGGAUUUUGACCUUCAAAAAUUGGGGAUUGGUGGCCUUAGUGAUCAAUUUACAGACAUAUUUCGAAGAGCAUUUGCCUCUAGGGUGUUCCCUCCACAUGUUACAAACAAGUUGGGUAUAAAACAUGUGAAAGGGAUGCUGCUUUUUGGACCUCCUGGAACAGGAAAAACUCUUAUUGCUCGCCAAAUAGGAAAGAUGCUUAACGGUCGUGAACCAAAGAUUGUGAAUGGACCUGAAGUCUUAAGCAAGUAUGUGGGAGAAACUGAAAAAAAUGUUCGUGAUCUCUUUGCUGAUGCAGAGAAUGACCAGAGGACUCGUGGUGACCAAAGUGACUUGCAUGUUAUAAUUUUUGAUGAAAUUGAUGCUAUUUGCAAGACUAGAGGAUCAACAAGGGAUGGAACUGGAGUGCAUGAUGGGAUUGUGAAUCAACUAUUAACAAAGAUAGAUGGUGUUGAGGCUUUGAACAAUGUACUACUCAUAGGAAUGACCAACAGGAAGGACCUCAUUGAUGAGGCUCUUCUCAGGCCUGGACGUCUGGAAAUACAAAUUGAGAUUGGCCUUCCUGAUGAAAAUGGCCGUCUACAAAUUUUUCAAAUACACACUAACAAAAUGAAAGAAAAUUCUUUUCUUUCUGCUGAUGUGAAUCUUGAAGAGCUUGCUGCACGGACAAAGAAUUUCAGUGGAGCUGAAAUUGAAGGUGUUGUCAAAAGCGCAGUGUCUUUUGCCUUGAAUAGGCAAAUUAGCCUUGAUGAUCUUACCAAACCAUUGGAUGAAGAGAGCAUAAAGGUAUCUAUGGACGAUUUCUUAAAUGCACUGCAAGACAUAAAGCCAGCAUUUGGAGCAGCUACAGAUAAUCUUGAGCGGUGUAGAUUGAAUGGAAUGGUUGAAUGUGGUGAAAGACACAAACGCAUAUAUGAAAGGGUGAUGUUAUUAGUGGAACAAGUUAAGUGGAGCAAAGGAAGUCCUCUGACAACUUGUCUACUUGAAGGGCCAUCGGGCAGUGGUAAAACAGCCAUGGCAGCGACUGUUGGCAUUGACAGUGACUUUCCUUUUGUGAAAGUAGUAUCGGCAGAAACAAUGAUUGGACUCAGUGAGAGCAGUAAAUGUGCAGUUAUAGUAAAGGUUUUUGAGGACGCUUACAAGUCUCCAUUAAGUAUUGUUAUCCUUGAUGAUAUUGAACGAUUACUGGAGUUUGUUGUAAUUGGACCUCGAUUUUCAAAUUUGAUCUCCCAGACAUUGUUGGUGCUCCUGAAAAAAAUACCUCCUAAGGGAAGGAAUCUCUUGGUUAUAGGGACUACAAGUGAAGUACAAGUCCUCGAGUCUCUGGGGCUUCGCAAGGCUUUUGGUGUCACUUUUCAUGUGCCAACAUUAAGGCGUGAAGAUACACGGAAGAUCCUACAACAGUUAUCUAUGUUUUCAGAAGAUGAUCUCGGUGCAGCAGUUGAUGCUAUUGAUGAGAUACCAAUCAAGAAACUGUUUAUGUUAAUAGAGAUGGCUGCACAAGGCAAGGCGGGGAACAGUGCUGAAGCUAUCUACUCUGGAAAGGAGAAAAUAAACAUUUAUCAUUUCUUUGACUGCCUUGGUUAUCUUACUGGGAGUGAUGAUUUAGAUUAGUUCAGAAUGCAUCCAGAUUUGUUAUUGUUUUACCUCCCCAGAUAUGUAUCAGUAGAUUUUGAAAGAUGCUUGUUGGUUUCCAUAUCCGAUGUUUCACAGAAUUCCACUUAGCACUUGAAGAGCACUGUUUUACCUGUACUUGAUCUGUGGGAAGCUGUUUUUUCAGUGUUAAUUUUCAUCAAUCAUUUUGGCGGUUUGCA